CCGAAAGACGAGCUGACGGUGUAGUUAGGAGGAGGAGCAGCGGCAGCCGCGAAUUAAGAUGGCGGAGAAGCUGGCGGCGUCGGUUUCCCCUCAGCUUGAGCGAUGCGCUUAUUUUGUGGAACGGAAGAGACGCUUCUGCAAGAUGGUGCCGGCACGCGGAAAGCGUUUUUGUGGGGAACACGGCGCCCUGGAGGAAGAAAAUAACAGGAAAAGAAUUCAGUGCCCUCUGGAUUCAAAACACACUGUAUAUGAAGAUCAGCUACAAAAACACUUAAGAAAAUGUAAUUCAAGAGAGAAACCAAAGCCUGUCUACUUUGCUAGAGAUAUUAAUGCGGGAUUGAAAGAGGCAACAGGACUGCCUGAGGAAAAGCAGGUUCCCAUUUUUGCUCUCUCUAAAGAAGAGUUGGAGGAUUUAAUUAGAAAGCUGAGAAAAGCAAGUAAUGAUAUAAAAUCUGUUCUUAAAGACCAAACCUGUUCUCAUCAGGCCUUACAGGAAGCUCUAAAUGACCCAAAAAAUGGAGAUGCUGCUUUUAAACAUUUGAAACAGCAGGCUUCUAUAUUAGGUAACAUGGAAAGAUUAAAUUUGCUUGGACCACGGAGAUGUUUUGUUGAAUUUGGAGCUGGACGAGGAAAGUUGUCUCACUGGGUCGAUAUAGCUUUACAAGAUGCUAAAGAUGUUCACUUCCUCCUUGUUGAAAGAGCAACUACCAGAUUUAAGGUGGAUGGGAAGCACAGAAAAAAUGGCUUUGAAAGGCUUCAAGUUGAUAUACAGCACUUGUGCUUAAAUAAGGUACCAGUUCUUGUAAAAGAGAAACUACCUGCAGUAGGCAUUGGAAAACAUGUAUGUGGCUCUGCAACAGAUCUCGCUCUGAGAUGUUUGGUUGAAACCUAUGCAAAUCUUUCUGAUGAUGAUAGAAGGGGAGGUCCAGAAGCUAAACGCUUGAAGAUUGAGAGAACCAGCAGAAUUCCUACUAAUUCUCCCAGUGAAACGUGUAGUGAUUCUGUAGCUGAAAACUGGAGUCCUGUGGCUGGAAUUGUUAUUGCGCUGUGUUGCCAUCACAGGUGUGACUGGAAGCAUUAUGUGGGUCGAGAGUUUUUUACCACAGUAGGGCUCGGGGUGACGGAAUUCAACUAUUUUAAAAGAAUGACAAGCUGGGCCACGUGUGGCAUGAGAGAACGUUCUCCCCUAACCUCUACAAUUGAAACAGAGAGCGAAGAACAUGAGCCUCAUGACAGAAGUGUGGAGUGCAGUUCAGAUAGUCUGCAAGGGCUGCUGACCACUGAGGAACGAAAGCAGAUAGGUCGCCUUUGUAAACUGCUGCUUGAUCAUGGCCGGAUUGAAUAUUUACAGCAAAGAGGGUAUGAUGCUGUCUUGCAGUACUACACAGAUCUUGACGUGUCAUUAGAAAAUGUGCUCUUGACGGCAGUACCACAUCAGUCUUCAUUAUCUCACUCAGAUUCUUAAAGUGGGGGAGGAAGCCUUUUUGAAUGGCUGAACAUGUGCUAGUGUGGACAUUUUUUAGAUUUGAUAACAUCUGGUAUUGAGCUUAACAAAUCAAUAUGGCUUCUACAGUCGCCUUCGGAAGCAGAAGAACAAAGCACGAAAGCAUUCCUCUCACAGUGAAAGAAUAUCACAGCAUUUUUGUCACAGUAAAUAUGGGUGUUCUCCAGUUUUCCUGAACCUGGAAGAAGCAUGAUAGUUACCUCCCAGUAGUAGCAAAAAGCAGAGUAGCAGGAAUUAUUUUCACUUGUUAUUGAUGGCAGCAAUAUUGUUUCCUGUGUUUUCUGAAAGACAAGAGGUUGAAAUAGAAGAAUCCACACAUUUUAUAUGCAAUACCUUGUUUACAGUCUCAGCUAACUUGUUAACAGAUAUAUGUUGUAGGGAUUAUUUUACUCCCUUUUUUAAAAACUGCUUUUGAACUCAUGAGUGCACUUACGUUGAAUUAAAGCAUUCUGUGUAAGCCUACAAAACCUGAAAAAAUGUGGACCUUCCUAUACACACGGCAUACAAACACCGCAGUCCUUCUGAAAAGAUCAUAACCAACCAAGUUUGGAAACUACUGCAUGUAUCUGACAAAGAGAGUUGUGGUUCUCAAAAGCUUAUGCUAUAAUAAAGUUGGUUAGUCUUAAAGGUGCUACUGCACUCUUUACUAUACCGCAGCAAAGCAGAAGAAAAAAUGGAAAGUGGAUUAUUAGGUGGGUGAUGCUGUGUUAGUGUUCCAAAAACCCUAUUCUAGCUUGGUGUCCAAACUGGAGCAAAACCUCCACGUGGAAACCGCCAGAAAUUUUGUAAAAUGUAGCAAAAGGCAGGAUUUCUUAGAUGGGUACUUUUCUUCACUACUUGGCUUGGAUAGUAUUACCGAGUAGUAUUCAGCACCACGUCUAAAAUUCCUUUGUUCCAGACCAUUUUAAUUAGCAUGAGCUGACUAGUUUCUGGUACCUAAGCAAUACCGAUCUCCUAUACUACCAACUGAAAGUAUGAGGGAGAGAGAAAAAGUGUGCUACUACACCCACCUUUUUCUAAAUUUCUAAAGCACUGGCUUCCAACCUUUUUAUGAGAUUUUUAACAUCAACAAAUGUAAUGGAAUCAACCCUCUGUUUUUUCUAGUUGAUUCCAGACUUCAACAGUUCUAAUUCUAUUGCAUUGUUCAUUGGUUGUGUCAUCCUGUUAACUGCAUUGACUUAUACUCUGUAAUCUGCCUUGAGUCCUAGUGAGAAAGAUGGACCAUAAAUAAUGUAAAUAAAUAAACAUGAUAGUAGUUGUA